AUGUCCGAACACGACUCGUCGGUGCCCUCGUCGUCCUUGGAAGAAGGACGUGACGAACACCACUUCAUUCUCUCCUCCCAAACCCCAAAGCAUCUUAGAAACCAAAUUUGUCAUGGCCGUGCAGACCCUAUUUUCCACCGUCCAGAGAUCCUCCGGCCUCCGCCGUACACCACGGGCACCUCGAAAUUGCUCUUCUCGCCAGAGAUAAAGUUCGGUUCAUUGCUGUUCUCGCUGCCACCACCGUCGUUGGAUAAGGUCAAGACGUUGACGCGGUUCUCGAGCUCCUCGAGGAAGUCACCGACGAAAAUACGGCGAGUAGAUUGGUUGGGGGGAGUCGAAGGUCGCGACAUCGCCGUGUCGGCGGUGGGACUAUUAGGUCUAAUUCUCCAUCGAGAUGAAGAAAUUAGAGGAAUUUUGAGAAUCCGAAGGGAAUUUUUCUUUGAAUUUUAUAAGAGAAUAGCAAAUGUGACUCAGAUAAUGUAA